GUAAUGCUGCCACAUGACCCAGAAAGGUUUCUGUGGACAAACACAAACUCCCUCAGCCUGAAGCAAGAUGAACACCGCACCCCAUAGAUGCCUUGGACUGGACUUAACCGUCCAGGGGUCCUUUACCUUUACUUUUUUACCUUAUACCUUCCACACUAAUGCACAGAUGAAGACAUAGUUAUCCUUUAGAUUUCAUACUUCUCUGAGAUGGUUACUUCCAGGUGCUACAGAUUUUUCAACCUGUUUUUAAAUGUACAUGAAAAACAUACCAGUCAUGGCACCACAGCUUCCCUGGGUGUGGGAAUCUGAGGGGAAGGGAGAUCUAGCUAAAACAGGGUGUUCUCUCUCUGCUUGCCCACCCUUCCCAUUAGUCUCUUUCUGCCACCAGGUGAAAAAGUUUAUUUCCUGCAGGAUGCCUUUUACCAAUCACCCAUAAAACCAGAGCUCCCCCCCCCCCAGAUGGGUGCCAUUGCCAUUAUGAGAGAACAAGGGAGGUGUUCAUGGUGAGUUCCGGCACCUCUUGUUCUAGAAAAAUAGUAAAGGUAAAGGGACCCCUGACCAUUAGGUCCAGUCGUGGCCAACUCUGGGGUUGCGGUGCUCAUCUUGCUUUAUUGGUCGAGGGAGCUGGAGUACAGCUUCCGGGUCAUGUGGCCAGCAUGACUAAGCCGCUUCUGGCAAACCAGAGCAGUGCACGGAAAUGUGCACUUCCCGCUGAAGCAGGACCUAUUUAUCUACUUGCACUUUGACGUACUUUCGAACUGCUAGGUUGGCAGGAGGAGGGACCAAGCAACGGGAGCUCACUCUGUCGUAGGGAUUCGAACCGCCAGCCUUCUGAUUGGCAAGUCCUAGGCUCUGUGGUUUAACCCACAGCGCCACCCACAUCCCUGUAGAAAAAUAGCACUGCUUAAAACCUCCUUUCUUCUCCUCCAGAACCCUGAAGAUGGCCUAGACUUUGACUCUUGAGCAUGGAGUGAAAUAUUAAUGGAGAUCACAAGUCAUUGAUGAAACAAAAUCAACACUUUACUAAUGGGAUAAACCUCAACCACAUGAAGACAGUAAGAUUGUUUCAGGCAUGACACCCACACCAUUUUUCUUCAAGUACACGGCAAGCCUGCCAAAUCUACAUGAGUCUCUAACUGUUCUUCACCCUCUUAAAGCUCUUUUAAAAAAAGAAAAGAAAACUCACCAAGGUCAAGGUUGUAAAAUGAAGUCCUCCAGAAUUUGCUUCCCAUCACCCAGAGCAAAGAGGCUGCAAUGCCUCACCGGUUGCUUUUAUUUGACUUUGAGGUCCUCGGCUUCUGUUCCUUCCUUGGAAGAAAGAAACGAAAAGAUGAGCAACGUUCUGGCAAUAGGCUUCUUAGCCCUGCUCUACCUUCAUGCUGGUAAGUCACAGAGUCAAGAAGAACAAAGCGCUGUAAAAGGGACCUGCUUGGACAAAAGCCAUUGGGGAGAGCUGAGUUAACUUAGACCACCCAGUCUUGAGAACUCCAGUGUUUGUUGAAGCUGCUAUAGCUUACUGCUGUAGUGGAGAAUAAUAGUAACAAAUGCAUCUCAAAUAAUAGUGAAGAAUCUUCUUUAGCAGUGGAGACUCCCUGCACAAUUUCUUACCCUUUGCCAUAUGCUCAGCCUUUCUAAGUGUGAAGGCGCUCUUGCAAGUUGGGGGCUUGCAUGGGGGAAAGGGGGCCAUGCUUCUUUUAAGAUGGUAUGUUGACCAUCAAAGAUAAACACCCACUCUCUAUUACACAGGGGUCUGAAAACAUUAACACCCUGGCUGCAUUUGAACACACUUUUCAUAAGUGCCACCUUCAUUCGGAUACCUAACUGGACAUUUGGAUGGCCUAUAUUCCAUCCGUUUCGGAGCCCUAAUCCAGCCCACCAGCCCCUGUGGCAGUUUAUUUCCUUUGGUAAAAUCCCUCACAACUCCAACUCCAAAAAAGCAGCUCAACAACUUCAAUCCUAAAAAAAACUUUGGUUGGCCCUUUGGUUGGCCCCCAAGGCCCUUCACUUCAUCAAAUCUGGCCCUCUUUGAAAGAAGUUUGGACACCACUGGCCUAUAAUAUAUCAAGCUAUAUCUAAAAGCUAAGAUUAAUUAUAGCAGGAGUGAGGAACCAUUUUUAUCCCAAGGCCCAAGUUUGCUUGAGCAAACUUGCUCAAGUAAUAAAGUUUAAUUUUAUUUUUAUCAGACCAUGUUAAAAUGUGUCGCGCGAAAUGGUUGCCUCCCCCCUCACCACAAAAAGCCCAGGUAGAGCAUUUUAAACCAGCAGUUCUACAUUUAAAUGUAAAGAAAAUUACUGUAUUUUUCGCUCUAUAAGACGCAUCAGACUACAAGACGCACCUAGUUUUUGGAGGAGGAAAACAAGGAAAAAAAUAUUCUGAAUCUCAGAAGCCAGAACAGCAAAAGGGAUCGCUGCACAGUGAAAGCAGCAAUCCCUCUUGCUGUUCUGGCUUCUGGGAUAGCUGCGCAGCCUGCAUUCGCUCCAUAAGACGCACACACAUUUCCCCUUACUUUUUAGGAGGGAAAAACUGAGUCUUAUAGAGCAAAAAAUACGGUAUAUGGGACAGCUUGUAAUUUCAACUGAAGCUUCCAGAAUUCUCUCUUUCCUUCAUCCCCCAUUGGGGAAAAAUAGAUUCCCUCUGAAAUCCAGUGGCGUAGUGUGGGGGGUGCAGGGGGGGCCGGCCGCACCGGGUGCAACAUCUGGGGGGGGGGCGCUCGCACUCGCAGCUCUCUGCCCCUACCUGGCUCACUCACUCUCUCUCACUGCAGUGCUGGCUGUGCGAAUCCGAUCCGAGCCGCUGGGUCGCCGCCCACUGUGGAGGGGUGGGUGCCAGGCGUGCGGUGCAGAGAGAGAGCGAGGGACUAUCUGGGGGAGGGACAGUGCAGCGGCCGCCCAGCGCAGCGCUGAGCGCGGGAGAGAACCACACCAGACCAGACCAGGCAGCAGCAAGAAGAAGCUGGCAGCGGCGGCAUGUUAGGGGUUAGGGGGCGCAAAUUACUUGCCUUGCCCCGGGUUAGGGGGCGCAAAUUACUUGCCUUGCCCCGGGUGCUGACAACCCACGCUACGCCGCUGCUGAAAUCAAGUACCCAGGUCUGGCCCAAGACAUGUUGGCACCAGAGGUGAACCACAAAAUGGUUCCCCCUCUCCGUCAGGGAAGACGGGGUGGUUGAAGAUCUACAUCAGGAACAGGGGGCAGGGCAGAGAAAGAUCUACACUGGGAUCUGCUGCUCGUGUGGCUCCUGCUCGUGUGGCUCUAGCUUAGGCUAUGUGCCUUGAGGCAUGGUUUCUAAAAGUGAGAAAAGCAGGGACAAAUGGGCACGGACAUUUUCUCCCUAGCUUUUUCUAGUCAAAAGAGUUGCUUAGUUUUGCUUUUUAAAAAAACUGUUUCCUCUCCAAAGGUGGGAUCCAUUGCUAGUGAUGUAGACUGGCUAAGCAGAGAAGGUGGACAGAAGGCUCUCAGUAAUUGGAAAUAUAUUGAUGCUAUUGAUUCCCUCCUGUGACAGGAGAAAGACUGAACCAUGGCUUUGAAGGGUUUUUGUGGGGGGGGGUCAGAAUCUUGGACAGCUCCACCCCACUUUGAGCAUAAGAGAACUUCCCCUGAUCUCUUGUUGAGUGUGUUGGCAGGUUUUGCCUUUCCUGUAGCAAAACAUCACAACUUUGGCAGUAUCAGGCCUUGGGCAGAAUCCUUUAGUCUAUCUUCCUGAAUGGGAGGGGCGUGCAGCGGUGACCCACGCCCCCUUCCUCUUUGCAGCGGCGAUACCAGGGUUCCCCGUUAAAGGGGUUUCUGAAGGGAGGCUUUGACCGUACGCCGAGAGGUCGUCAUUGCUUUCCCCUGCGACGGCGGCGUAACAGGGGCGGCUAUCUCUGCUUGAACAUAUGUUCUCCAGAGCCGGCCCAUUCCCCCCCCACACACUGGAUAACCCUGAUGUUCCCUAGAGUCCCAGCUGGGGACUGGGGAGGGAUAAUGCCCAAUGCCUGAGCCAAGGUCUACCCACAUCUGAAAUAUAAUAAAGUUGUGGCCAAUUUAAUCCCAUAGAACAUUGUCUUGAGUCGUUAAUCCACAUGGAGGGGGCUGCCCAGGGUUUGGGGGACUCUGCCUGUCCACGCAAUUGGAAAUAUAUUGAUGCUAUUGAUUCCCUCCUGUGACAGGAGAAAGACUGAACCAUGGCUUUGAAGGGGUUUUUUGUGGGGGGGUCAGAAUCUUGGAUAGCUCCACCCCACUUUGCGCAUAAUAGAACUUCCCCUGAUCCCUUGUCGAGUGUGCUGCUUUUCAUGCAGCUAUGGCUAUCGCCUGUUCUAGCCUGGGGAGCCAUUUUCUUUCUUUCUUUCUUUCUUUCUUUCUUUCUUUCUUUCUUUCUUUCUUUCCUGUUUUCAUUCAUUUUCAUGGUACAGAAAAUAUUUUUUUUAGAAAACAAUUGCUACAACAGUAAACCACAAGUAACUUGUCCUGAUAAAAUUACAGACUUUUUAUCACGCCAUGUGUUAAAGUUUCAUUUGAUUACUCUAAGAGAUGAUGACACAUUUUCCCAUUCUUAGUAGCAACUCACUUAAUGUUUUCCCUUUCUCUUCAUCUGGCUCAGCUGGAGCUCUAAAGUGCCUGGAAUGCAAAAAAGUUGCACAAGAUAACAACUGUAAGCAUAAAGAAAAAACAUGCUCAGCGAGAUUGUGGAGAUUCUGCUAUUCCCGGCUGAAGGUUGAAGGUGAGUCCAGGAGGCAAUGAUUACCAUAUUUUUUGCUCUAUAAGACUCACCUUUUCCCUCCUAAAAAGUAAGGGGAAAUGUGUGUGCGUCUUAUGGAGCGAAUGCAGGCUGCGCAGCUAUCCCAGAAGCCAGAACAGCAAGAGGGAUUGCUGCUUUCACUGUGCAGCGAUCCCUCUUGCUGUUCUGGCUUCUGAGAUUCAGAAUAUUUUUUUUCUUGUUUUCCUCCUCCAAAAACUAGGUGUGUCUUAUGGUCUAGUGCGUCUUAUAGAGCGAAAAAUACGGUACUUUUGGGAUCCUGCGCACACAAUGGAAAGAGAAUUCUGCUGGAAUAGUUAUAAUCCAGCUUGUUCUUAAAAUACAUUUUGCAAGAUCUUGCUGCAGACAUACAGAAAGCACUUUCUGAGGCUGCCUCCUAUUGGUGAAGACCUACUGAUGUUGGGGGGCUGUGCCACUCACCCUUGACAUGUUAUUUAUUUUUUAUUAAUAUACAUUUUUAUUGGUUUUUACAUAUUUUUCCAAACAGAACAUAUAAUCUCAUCUCAUCUCAUCUUAUACAACAUUUUGGCUAUUUUAGCCUGAGACUUCCAUCAACCACGUCUAAUGAUUUUCAAACCUCAUCUCUUAAUCUUACAUUUGAUCCUAACUAUUACUUUUAAUAACCCAUAGCUUAAAAUCCAUUCUCAUAAAUCGUUUCUGCAAUAUUUCAUAUAGUUUUCCUUACAAAACUUCUUGUAGUCCUACAAGCGUAGUCAGUUGGUUACAAUUGUCUUUCAGAUAACUUGUAUAUUUACUCCAAUCUUUCAAGAAUUUCUGGUCCCGCUGGUCAUCCUUGGCAUGUUUAAUUUGUCUAUCGAUUGAAUAGCUACCUCUGUAUACUGAUAUAUACACUUUGUAUAUCACUAUAUAAGCAUACCAGUUUCCAGCCUCUCUCUUUCAAAAGACUACAAGAUAGGUAGGUAAGGUAAUGUAAAGAACCCCUGGAUGGUUAGGUCCAGUCAAAGGUGACUAUGGGGUUGCGGCGCUCAUCCUGCUUUCAGGCUAAGGGAGCUGGCAUUUGUCCACAGACAGCUUUUUGGAUCAUGUGGCCAGCAUGAUUAUUUUUCCUUUGGCACAAUGGAACACUGAGAUGGAAGCCAGAGUGCACAGAAACGAUGUUUACUUUCCUGCCAUAUUGGUACCUAUUUAUCUACUCACACUGGCAUGCUUUCGAACUGCUAGGCUGGCAGAAGUUGGGACAGAGCAAUGGGAGCUCACCCUAUCAUGCGGAUUCGAACCACCAACCUUCCGAUCGACAAGCUCAAGAGGCUCAGUGGUUUAGAACACAGUGCCACCCGAGUCCCAAGAUAGGUAGAUAUUUGCUUGUCAACUGUACUGUUAAAUACAUAGGUGAUCUGCCAUGAAAACCCUGCCACCACGCUAUCUCAACUGAAAAAAAUAGAAAUAGGAAAUAGGGGGGAAAAUGUAUGUUAAGGUUGCAUUCCAGUAAAGAUGAAACCAUCAUUUUCGUACUCUUGCCCCAUACAGUGGUACCUCUGGAUGUGAACAGGAUCUGUUCUGGAGCCCCAUUUGCAUCCAGAAGCGAAUGCAACCUGCUUCCGCACAUGCACGUGACCUCAUUUUGACUGUCUGUGCAUGUGCGAGCUGUGAAACCCGGAAGUAACAUGCUCUGUUACUUCCAGGUCGCCACAGCGUGCAACCCAAAAAUACUUAUCCCGAAGCUACUUCAACCCAAGGUAUGGCUGUAAUUGGUAAGAGUUCGUCCUCUGUAAAUGGCUGAAGUUUGUUACAGGAGAGGGAGACACAAGUCUAGAAAUGUCAUAUCACAUGUCUAUUGAAUGUACCCAAAGGAAGCUCAGGAGGACCUUUCAGAGCUAACCUCCCCACUGUACUAACUGAGGCAUUUCUGCUAAUCCUGUUAUAGUUAUCAUUAAUGCAAUUUAUUUAGCUUGUUGUUGCUUACUGUUAAAAAAAAAUGAAACUCCACGUGACUGGGGUUUUUUGUUUUUUGCUUUAAUCUUGCAAGUCUGUUGGGCCAUUGUCUACCAGGAGACAUCUCUGUGUAUAUAGCUGAAGGAGCAUCUCCACCUCCAUCGUUCUACCCGGACACUGAGGUCCAGUGCCGAGGGCCUUCUGGCAGUUCCCUCACUGCGAGAAGCCAAGUUACAGGGAACCAGGCAGAGGGCCUUCUCAGUAGUGGCACCCGCCCUGUGUUCCACCCUCCCAUCAGAUGUCAAGGAAAUAAACAACUAUAUGACCUAUAGAAGGCAGCUGAAGGCAGCCCUCUUAAGGGAAACUUUUAAUGUUUGAUGCAUUACUGUAUUUUAAUAUUUUGUUGGAAGCCCAGCCAGAUGGGUGGGGUAUAAAUAAUAUAUUAUUAUUAUUAUUAUUAUUAUUAUUAUUAUUAUUAUCUGGAAUGCAUGCAGUUCUCAGUUAGGGAAGAGGCAAGGGCAAAUCAGCUCCAAUAUCAACCCAAAGCACCCAUGGGCAGGGACCCAGCACCCUGGAAUAUCCCAAGGGUGUCGCUCACAAUGGCAAUGAAUGUGUUAAUCCUACUUGUGAUUACAUGGUAAGGGAGGAAAGGUUCUUUCGGGGGAAAUACGCUUAUCAAGUUGGGGUGUCCCAUGGUACAUUUUUGUCUUUCUUUCUCUUUUAUCCAGGAGCCACCUCAAGUGUGGAUCGGGGAUGCUCUGUGGUUUGUCGCAGCGUAAAGAAUAUGAAAAGUCAACGCGAUGAGAAAAUGAUGUGUUGCGUGAGAAACCUUUGCAACACACACAACAUGUGGCACAAUAAAUAAAUAGUUCUGAGCAGAGAGAUGAAGAAUAAAUCUUUAUUGGGAAUGA